AUGAAAAGGAUACGGGUCCAGCGGUGGUCAGGGCAAUUGCUCUCCGCACCAUCGGCUCCUGCGUCGUGCGUCUGCCUCGCAUCACAACGCCUGCAGGCCUCGAUAAGGAGGCAUCAGUCCACCACAGCAACGAGCACUCCCACCCUCCACGAUGGCGCUCACGACAGCCAUGCUCUCUCAGGGCUGCCCGACUCCUCGAUCACACAAUCGGCCUACCCUUCGCCCCUGCCCGAGAAGGCGCUGAGCUCCGCGAAACUCGCAGCACUGCAUGCCCGUUUGGCCUUGUCUCAGAAGAUCCCGUUGCAGACCCUGGCGCGGACCCUGGUCGACACCUCUGCCGACCAGAGUCCUCAGUUCAACAACUCGAACCUUGCCCUCCUCGGCAACAACCUCAUCAACUACCAUGUCACCGAAUGGCUCAUGUGCCGCUACCCCCGAUUACCCUUGACCAUCAACUACACCGCACUGAAGGCCUAUGCCGGCCCACAGGCGCUGUACCAAAUUGCGCGCCAAUGGGGCGUCGACAGCGCCGCCGCCCCCGGAGACGAAGUCGAUCCCGGCCUGCUGCAGUACUCGAUCACGAAGGAGCGGCCGGUCCUGAGGAAUUGGGGCUACGAGCGGCCCGAGUCACUGUACCAGUUCAAGUGGAGGCGCGGCAUCGGCAGCCGCGUCGUCAUGGACGAUGACUUUGGCGACAUGAUUACCGAGCCCAAGAACAAUGCCGAGCAUGCAGAGAACCAGCCUUCGUACUCCCUCUCCCCUCUCGACUCGGCGACCAAGCGCGACAUCGCCGCCAACGUCCACGCCGACUUUGUCCGCGCCGUCGUCGGCGCCAUCUACGCCCACUGCGGCCGCGACGCCGUCAAGGCCUUCGUCAAGGCCCACGUCCUGUCCCGCCAGCUCAACUUCGCGAGCCUCUUCACCUUCCGCCUGCCCACGCGCGAGCUGGCCAUGCUGUGCGCCCGCGAAGGCUUCGAGAAGCCCGUCGCCCGCCUGCUCUCCGAGACGGGCCGCCACUCGCGCACCCCCGUCUUCGUCGUCGGCAUCUACAGCGGCAACGACAAGCUGGGCGAGGGCGCCGCCGCCAGCCUCGACGCCGCCCGCGCCAAGGCUGCCAUGAACGCCCUCAAGUCCUGGUACCUCUACAGCCCCGGCGAGAACGUGCGGGUCCCGAGUGAUGUGCUCACCGAGGGUGCCAAGCCGUGGGAGCCUGUCUACAUUGACAUCGGAGAGAUUCUGUAA